AUGCUUCGACCGCUUCUCAUCGCCAUCGUACUAGUGAGCACGCGUGACGCGAAAGAGCUCGCGUGGUAUUCGACGGAGCCGGUCAUCGGCACUCAUCCCGUUGCGCAGAAGGCCCUCAAGGCGGCCACCGCUAUCGAUUUUUGUCAGCUCCCACCCGACGUCGGCAAAUGCUCGCAAAAACUCGUGCGCUAUUAUUAUGAUCCGGUCGUCGACGAAUGCAAACGAUUCACUUUCACCGGUUGCGGCGGCAAUUCGAAUCGGUUCAUGCGACGCGCUCAUUGUCGCAAUCGAUGCGUCAAACGGCCGAACAGGGAAUCCGAGUUGAAGCAUCGACGAACGCUUAGGACGACGACUACUCAAGGGACCACCACCACCACCAUGGAGACGACGACGACGACGCGUAGGGCUCCUGAGACGAUGCCUGUGAGAAAAAUGAACCUGGUCAAGUCGGUCCAUGAGAACGGCUUGUGCAACGAUUGCGAUCCGCUGUUCGGCACAUGCAUCGACGGCGUGUGCGGCUGCAUGAAAGGCUUCCGAUCGCUGGGCAAAGUGUGCAUCGAUCUGAAUGAAUGCGACAACGGCGCGAUAUGCGGACCGAACUCGCGUUGCGUGAAUACCGUCGGCUCGUAUACGUGCGAAUGCGACAGCGGAUUCCAAAUCGACGGCACCUGCAAAAUCGGCCCGGAAGCGUGCCAAGACGAGUUCGACAUCAAUCUCACCGAGGAGGAUUGCAACAAUGGAAGGCAGGAGAUUAGGUAUUACUAUGACUCACUCACCGCUUCAUGCAAACAAUUCUUCUAUGGUGGGUGUCGGACCAAGUCGAGAAACUUCUUCGCUGAUCUACAGACUUGCGAUAUUCUCUGCGCCGCCCAACAGCGCAACUAUUUGGAAGCUAAGGAUCCUUCGAGUUCAGUGAACCUUUAUAAGCGCAAUCAUUAUAAGAUUGAUCUUCUCUCUUCCCCAUCAUCCUAUGUUCAGCCGGAACGCCCACUAUCUGUUGAUGAUUGGCCUUUGAGGCCGGCAACGAUCAAGCCGAAGCUCGACUUGGACUUUUCGGAGAUCAAGGAUGUGUCUCACGAUCUUCAAAAGAAGGAAGCCGCGGAUGCGUUGAAGAUUGUUAAUGAGAUCACACCGAAUCAUGAUCCGUGCCUUCAGAAGUUCGACGCGGUGCUUCGCGAGGAGUGCAUUUCGGCCGAAUGGGUUGAGCGCUUCUUCUGGAAUGACGAGUUCAAGGAGUGCGAAGCGUUUUGGUACGACACCUCAUGUGAUCCGAGAAACACGGCCGCCAAGAAUUUCUUCGACAACUUCGAAUCGUGCCAUAGCAAGUGUGUUGCGAAGACGGAGAAGCUUGAGGCGACAUCGUCAACCACACAAACCCCAAUGGUCCCGACAUCAAUGGUACCGUCUCAAGAGACUUUUGAGUUCUUCAAAAUCGACACCUCGUCGACAAAUUAUUUGGAGGACAUCGAGGCAACAACGACCUUCAAUCCGAAUCAUCUUUCAAUCAGCACGACAACCCAAAAAUCGGUGCCGCUUCCGACGACGACGUGCUCGAUGGAGUUUGAUUCGGACCUUCGGAAUGAGUGCGUUUCGGCCGAAUGGGAUGAGAGAUUCUAUUGGAAUAGCGAUCUCAAGGAAUGCGAGGCUUUUUGGUAUGACAAGUCUUGCGGCGAUUUGGACUACGAGUCGAAGAAUGUGUUCGCGACGUCGACGAGCUGCGAAGAAGCUUGCGUUGAAUCAUCAGCGACGCCGGCUCUUCCGUCUCCACCGACUACUCCGAAGGUGGAGCGACCGAACUAUGAUCCAAGGAAUCCGUUGAAUCUCAUUCUGAAUGAGGCGAUCAAGCCGAAUAAGGAAUCAAUGCUUCCUGACAAGUUGCCGUCCAAGUAUGAGUCCAAUUUUGCCGCGAAAGAGCCGACAGCGACGACAAAGUUCGAUCGAUUGAAGUACAUGGCAGAAUUCAAGAAGAAGCUUAUGGAGCUACCUUCGGGUUUCACAACACUACCGACAGGAUCGACACCAACUACAACCGCUACCGUGAGCUCGACAUCACCUCAGAGCACCACGACGAGCUUCGACGAUUUCGUGGAAGCCGAGAAGAGGAAGGUCGAGGAGACGUUGAAGCAGAUCGACAAGCCUAGCGAUUUUUGCGACGAGCCGCUUCAUCCGAAGUUGGAGGAGGAUUGCGCUGGCGAUCAAUGGGAGAUCAAAUGGUUCUUCAAUCCGGAUCGCGGCGCGUGCAAAUCGUUCUGGUACGGCGGAUGCGUCGUCGAAACGCAGAACUUCUUCCCGAAUCACGCGGUGUGUCGUGCGAUUUGCGCGCACAAGUACGCCGCCGAGAACGGAUUCGCGCAGAAGAUCAUGAUAGCGGCGAUUCCGACGACGUUGGCGCCGCGCUUCGAUCGACUGACGACGUCGUUGAAGUUGAUCUACCCGCAUUCCGAGGAUCUGUUCCCAUCGGAAUUGCCGCCGCAUUAUGAAGCGCUAGUUUUGGACAACAAUUUGCGCGAGGUCCGGCCGCCGAUCACCAAAGGAUUGGUGAAAGUGGUGGCGCCGUCGAGCACCGAAAAGCCACCGGUGAACAUUGUGAACGUCUCCAAGGGACCACAAAAAUCGGAAGAGCCGUCAUUCUUCAGUCACGUUGAUCGUGUGUUCACUGACAUCAAAACCGGCGAGCAUCCGGGCUUCGCGAAGCCCGAGGAAUUUGUGCAUCGCAUUCAGUCAUCGAGCAACGACUUCGUCCGAUACGACAUCAAUGACGUCGAGGUGGCGCGGAUAAUUGAGAAGGAGGCGCCGACGACGACGACCGAGAAGUCGACGCACGCGACGCGCUCGAUCAACGAUCCAUGCGAUGAUGAAUAUGAUCCAAAGUGGGACGAGGAUUGCCUUGGCGAUCAAUGGGUGGUGAGAAGCUAUUACGACAAGAAGGCGGAAGCUUGCAAGGCGUUCUGGUAUGGUGGAUGUCAGACGAGCUCCAGGAAUAUUUGGUUCGAUAAAACGACAUGCAAAACCGCGUGCGCGCACAAAUUCGCGACGCCGCUUCCGUCGGCUCACGCGUCGACUUCUUCCGACGCCUCAACCGAACCGUCAACGACGCCACAAACGGUAAUUUUCGUGCCGGACGCCGCGCGCGUUGUGUCGGCAGGCGGCUUUUCGAAUCCAUUUAUCCUCAAAAUCAAGGCACACGUCGUCGAGUUCGAAGCCGAUCUGAAUCGGAAGCUCGCCGAUGUGAAACGCGAGCGCGAAUCGCGCGCGGAUCUCAAAUACUCGACGCUCGUCGAUCAUCCGGUGACGAUCGCCGACGAUUGCCUCGACGCGUUCAAUGAGAGCUUGGCGGCGGUUUGCGGCGACGGCAAGGUUUGGAAGAACAGGUACUAUUACGACAAGGACACGCGGAUGUGUCGAAUGUUCUGGAGUAAUGAAUGUUUCGGCACGUCGAAGAACAAUUUUGACGAUUUGGAGACUUGCCAAUGGAAGUGCGAAGGAAGGCAUCCGCAGCCGGCGGGAAGUCCGAUUCAGAAAUCCUGUUUGGAAGCGUUCGAUGAGAAAUACCUGGAAGAUUGCCGACACGGCGAGUUCACCAGCAGAUUCUAUUUCGAUCACGAUCGCAAGAAGUGCGUCGCGUUCCAUUGGGGCGGAUGUCAGGCGAAAUCGGCGAACUUCUUCACCGACAUGCGGCGAUGUCAGGAGUUGUGCGAAUCGCCGCCGCGAGAGCUGACGCAAGCCUGCGUUCAGCCGUUCGAUGAGAGCUACACAAAAUCUUGCUCGAAUUCGAGACCCCAACAAUACUACUAUUUCGACAUGCAUUCGGGAAUCUGCAAAUUGUUCUGGUUCGGAAAUUGCAAAGGCGAGAAUCAGAACAUCUUCAGCACUUUGGAGUCGUGCCAGUGGAUCUGCGAGAGGAAGCGCGAGGAGAGAGCUCCCGCCAUGUGCGCCGACAAAUUCGAUCCGAAGUACACGGAAUCCUGUUCGGAUGGCAAGUGGAUCGAGAAGUGGUACUUCGACCAAUCGUCCGGCGAUUGCGUCUCGUUCUGGUGGGACGGUUGCACGUCGCCGUCUCAGAACAUCUUUCCCGACGAGAAGUCGUGCACGUCGAACUGCCAACAUCCGGGAUUCGAGAUCUCGUCGCAGUUGGCCACCGAUGAUGGUUCGCAAUAUCGAUGUCUCGAGCCGGUCGAGAUCGGCUCGUGCCAGGACACCUAUCCGGCGUUCUACUAUGAUCGAACGACGAAGGAGUGCCGCGCGUUCGCCUACUCGGGAUGCGGUGGCAACUCGAAUCGCUUCAUGACGAUGAGCCAGUGUCAAACCGCGUGCUACGUAUUCAACACAAUGAAUGAGGCCGAAAUGGAUUGCCAUCUUCCGAUGCACAUUGGAUAUGGGAAGAACGAUGAGAACUGCCUGCCGCAAGCCGGCUUCCGAUUCUACUACGAUCGCAAUUAUGGCAAAUGCUCGCAAAUGUGGUAUCUCGGAUGCGGUGGCAACGCGAACAACUUCUAUUCGUAUGAGACGUGCCAACGAACGUGCCAACCACUCAAGACACCGGCGAUCGAGAGGAAGCCGCGCGCGAGUCGUGAGGUGUGCUACGAGGCGCCCGGCGAUCGUGGAACGUGCGCGACGAACUCGAGCGUCGUCGCGCUUCAGCGCUGGACGUACACCGCGUCGAGCGCUCGCUGCUCGCAGUUCACCUAUUCGGGAUGCGGCGGGAAUCGCAAUCGGUUCGCCACCGAGCACAUUUGCCAACAGACGUGCAAAGGCAUGAAGCCGAGCGCCGAUCCGAGGUUCUGCUCGUUUCCGCCGUCGACCGGCUCGUGCAAUCAGUUGCGCUAUCAAUGGUUCUACAAUCAGACGCGCGGCACGUGCGAUCAGUUCCUCUACGGCGGAUGCGAUGGCAACGCGAAUCGCUUCGAGACUUUCGACGUCUGCCAGAAGACGUGCGAGCCGACCGGCGCCGAUCCGUGCUUCGAAUCGCUCGAUCGCGGCAGCUGGUGUGAGGCAAUGUCGAAUCGCUACUAUUAUAACAAACGCGCGAAACAAUGCAAAGGCUUCCAUUACACCGGGUGCGGGAAGAGCAACAACAAUUUUCUCACCAAAGAGGAGUGCCAGUCCAAGUGUGAGAAGAGGUAUCCGAGAAGCGCACUUCCGGGUUUGGUGAUUCCCAAGAAGAAGAGCAAAUCGAAAAUACCAAUAGGAUACUCCGGAACGAAACCGGUCGCGAAAACGCCGAUGAUCCGCCACGUCAACCUGAACGGCCUCAACGCCACCUAUCACAAAUCCGAGUUUGAAUGGAUGGAUUACAAUUUCUGCUAUGGCUAUCGGUAUAACGUUUCGGGACGCGACACGAUUCUCAAUGUGCACCUUUGCUCGAUGGAACGCUCGACGGAAUGCAUCACGGAAAAAUAUCGAACGACCGAUGGCGAGGAGUUUUGCAAUCUGUUUCGUCCGUUCCUCCGAGGCGUUCACCUCUAUUCGUGGUUCUUCGGAUUGGACACGAUGGAACCGCCUUAUAUUCUCAACGAUGGCAAAUCAGGACGGAUUCAGCGGAAGAAUGAGACACUCGCCGCGAUAAUGCUGCUCAAAGCGAACAAUUGCUAUGAAAUUUGCUAA